AUGCAUAAUUACAAUGACCUACUUGUUGGUGACUACGAAGAUUCUUACUACAACUUGACGCUGAAACUUUUCCACUCAUUCCAAUGGGCGGCAAGAUUUUGUCGACCCUACAAACCGACCUUCGUCUUUCUCGACGACGACUUUGCCGUAAAUACUGACAAGUUAGUUAACUUCGUUCGCAAUAAAACACCGGAGCAACUAGAAACUUUGAACUACGGUUAUAAAAUGAACGUAAAUCCUGUCGUUCGGUAUCCCAGUGAGUAUCCACAGUGGGCUCUCUCGAAGCGCGAAAUCCCUUGGCCAGUGCAUGCAGCACAGUACUAUGGCAUGUACAGCUUGUGGAGCUACCGCCAUGUACACGACAUAGCUUUGGCGAUGCACUUCACCAAGCCUUUGGUCCUUGAUGAUACGUGGUUAGGGUUGGUACAGCACAAGCUGAACCUCACAUUCACGAAGUUAAAGGGCAUGUUCCCCCAAUAUCGGCAAAUUAGUAGACAAGUCCGGUGUUCUGAUAUCUUUUUCGCUCUCAUCAACGAUCUCAGACUACGCCAUUGCGUCUUGUAA